GUUUAGGCCUAACAGCCUAGACUAGACACUCCGGAACUAAAGCAUGGUGGAGACUGAGCAAGCUAUCAGUUUUUACAGUACUUUUUCAAUGAAAAUUUCAUUACUGGUUGUAUUGCUUCUAGUAGAUUUUUCAAUCAGUACAAAUGUAAGUGCUAUAUAUUUUGACAAGCUUGUACUAGAGGAGAAUAUUACCAAGGUUCAAUUCUCACUACAUGUUUUGGAACAGGAUGGCAUUAAUCCAACUCUUUCAUUCUACCUUUGUAAUUCAAUUUGCUUGAACUGUAAAGCAUAUUGUUUUGUCAGUACUAACAGACAGGAAGCCAAUUACAGUAGUGUACGGACCUGCUACCACCAGAAUUCUACUAUAGUUGUAAAAGUGCCCAUUUCAGAUGAAGACCGCUGUUUAAUUGGGGAGACUUUAUCUAAACAUGGAGAUUUCAAUUACACCUACAAACUGUCAGGUCUAAGAGCGGUCAGUGGGCAGGCGGUCGAGUGGAUAGGGCGGCCGCAGGGUGCCGUGGUGAAGCUGGGCGACAACGUUACCUUCGUCUGCCGACUCAACACAGAUGACCCCAACCUCAUAUGGAGCAAGGACGACUCAAAUACCUCGAUACUGUUUGUGAAAGAUAACAGAUUUGAUGCACCACCUAGAUAUUCCAUCAUCAACAAAUACGACCUAGUCAUCACCAAUGUACAGAAAGCAGACAAUGGAUACUUCGCCUGUAGGACAAAAGACGCAGGGAUACAGAAGGCCUCUCUCACUGUUUUAUUGCCACCUGGCCCACCUGUUAUCACCAGAAGUGACACAAGUUCUGUCUACAAUGAGGGGACUGUACUCAACCUUACCUGUUCUUCAUCUGGCGGUAACCCUGACCCCAGGAUCACAUGGUUAAAAAAUGGCAACAUCACAGCAGAGAAUUCUGAUUACAAAGCAUCCACUGUGAUAGGUGGAACAUCUAGUCUGACCAUCAGCGUUAGACUGGACAAAAGUGACCACCAGGCCAACUAUUCCUGUCUUGUCUACAACGAUGUCAACGUUAUGACCAAACUGAUAGACUAUGUGGUUAUGAGUGUCCGAUAUUCCCCAUCCAUUGGAUUCCAGCCCUAUUCCCCCACCUACAGUGUAAAGCUUGGCAAGAAGAUUGAAAUAUAUUGUGACGUAGAUGCCAACCCAGUGGUGACAUCUGUGUCUUGGUCAAAAGAUGGUAUCAGUUUAUACGGAAAUAACCCAAGACGAAUAAUUUCUCAAGUCAGUAAAGCAGAUAAUGGGACAUACACCUGCUUUGCUAAAAAUAACAUUGGUGAAAAUUCAGGAUCACUGGAGUUCAAUAUUCAAUAUCCCCCAAUCUUUAACAUCAGUUCUACCCAGACAGUCGACGAAGGACAAGUAAUAGCAGUGAAAUGCAGCAUGGACGCCAACCCUAAACCUUACGAAGUUACGUGGAUGAAAAUACUUCCUGACGGAACCGCCCAGACUCGAUCAACUUCAGACAUGCUGCGAAUAGACUCCGCCAGCCCCGGGGAUGCUGGGAACUACUCCUGCAGGACCCAGAGCCAGCUGCGGAUCUCCGGGGAGAGUGUUGAGUUUGUCACUGCUGAGACCUUCACCUAUGUUUAUGUUCAGUAUAAUACACCACAAGAAGAAACAAAGGAAAACAGAACUUUAGUGAUAUCAUUAAGUAUAGGCAGUGUCUUGGUCAUUAUUGCAGGUGUAUUAUGCUGUGUUUGCUGUCGGAAAAAACUCCAUCUAUUUCUUAACAAUUUCAAGCGUAAAAAAGUCCAUGGAAAAGAUCAAAGCAAAGUGAAUUACUCCAAAGGUGAAAGUCACAUUGAACAAAAUAGAACAUUGUUGGGUAAUGGAUCCGAAAACACCCAGAUUAAUAUGACAGAUCAAGGACCAGAAGAUAUUGGCCCUGCAGAAAAGAAGAACUCACUGAAAAUAUCAAAAAUUAAAGAAAUCCGAGAAAGUGAUUUGCCUAAUGAUGCUGAAAUGAAAAAUGAAGCCAUUGAACAUGCUGUAACUCCUCGAACAACUGCAGAGACAACUACAGUUACCAUAGCGGAGGUGUAGGACCCUCAA